AUGCCAAAAAAAAGAAAGCUGUUGGCUCAAUUAAGCGCUCUCCAAAGCAACUCCAGCUUCCCUUCUUUUGAUGCCUUGGAGAACCGAAACGUUACGCCUGAUGGGGAUUCUUCUCCAAAAAGCAGCAAAUAUUUUGCGAUAGAGAAAAGAAAUUCUUCCCGGCUAGAAGCAGAUUUUUUCAACCAGCCCUGUAUUAGUUUGGCCAAGUCCUUUCUGGGACAGAUUUUAGUUCGCAAACUUCCUGAUGGCAGAGAACUCUGGGGGAGGAUUGUUGAAACAGAAGCUUAUCUGGGUGGGGAAGAUGAAGCUUCCCACUCGAAAGGUGGGAAGCAAACUCAACGAAACGCGGCAAUGUUCAUGAAACCAGGAACUCUCUACGUAUAUCAGAUCUACGGGAUUUAUUUCUGCGUGAAUGUUUCCAGCCAAGGGGAAGGGGCUGCAGUAUUGCUUCGCUCUUUGGAACCUCUUCAGGGUUUAGAUGCGAUGAGAGAGCUGCGCAGUGCUUCAAGGAAAGGACCCACAAAGCUGCUGAAGGACUGGCAGCUGUGCAAUGGGCCCUCCAAGCUCUGCCAAGCAUUGGGGAUCGAUAAGGCUUUCGACCAAAGGGACCUGACUCAGGAUGCAGCCAUCUGGAUGGUACCUGGACAUGACCUACCGGGGGAGCAGGACGUGGUAGUCACAACAAGGAUUGGCAUUGGCAACAGGGGAGAGUGGGCACAGAAACCUCUCAGGUUUUAUUUACGAGGAAACAAAUUUGUGAGCGUUGUAGACAAGAAAACAGAGAGAGAAAUGGCAGCAAUGGGACACUUCUCUUGCAGCUGACGAGUCCUGCAAGGGUGCCACCGACCAGGACUUGAGCUGUGCUCUGUAUGAUAGCCUCAGGCUACGUCAUGGCAGCAGCUAGGGCAGACAUAGUGGCCUGGAGGUUUUUAACAAUAAA